CAGAGAGAUGACAAGGAAGCCGAAGCGUUACUUGGAAUGUAGACCGUUGAUCUUCGCACAGCCAACGCCCGAGUACCCGGAAGGAACGAGAUUUGCGACGAUCCUGGAAAACGACUGGGAUCUACACGAGGGUCGGGUCAUACCUGCAAGCACAAAAGCAAAAACGGUUGUCGAGGGCCAUCCGGUGAGUGAAGGGCGACGGUGAACCGUUGAUGGAUUUGUGCUCACCUGAGACCAAGGAG